UUUUUUCCCUUCACAGGUUUCUACUUGAGUGGCACAGUGAUGGAGCCUGCAGUGCAGUCAGAGCCAGAAACUGUUUGCAGUGUAGCCAUCAGCUUUGAUCGUUGCAAGAUUACCUCAGUGACCUGUAGCUGUGGAAACAAAGACAUAUUUUACUGUGCCCACGUUGUGGCACUCUCUUUAUAUCGGAUCCGCAAGCCAGAUCAGGUCAAACUGCAUCUUCCCAUUUCAGAGACACUCUUUCAAAUGAACAGAGACCAACUGCAAAAGUUUGUUCAGUAUUUGAUCACAGCGCAUCACACAGAAGUUUUGCCUACUGCUCAAAAAUUAGCAGAUGAAAUUCUUUCUCAGAAUUCAGAAAUCAAUCAAGUCCAUGGUGCUCCUGACCCAACAGCAGGUGCAAGCAUAGAUGAUGAAAACUGCUGGCAUUUGGAUGAGGAACAGGUCCAAGAACAGGUUAAACUCUUCCUCUCCCAUGGUGGAUACCAAGGAUCAGGGAAGCAGCUCAAUUUGCUUUUUUCAAAGGUGCGAGAGAUGCUAAAGAUGAGAGAUUCAAAUGGAGCUCGCAUGUUGAUGUUGAUAACAGAACAAUUCAUGGCUGACCCUCGUCUGUCACAUUGGAGACAACAAGGAAAUGCAAUGACUGACAAGUAUAGGCAGCUUUGGGAUGAACUGGGUGCUUUGUGGAUGUGUAUAGUCUUAAAUCCCCACUGCAAGUUGGAGCAGAAGGCCAGUUGGCUAAAACAGCUGAAAAAAUGGAAUAGUGUGGAUGUUUGUCCCUGGGAAGAUGGAAACCAUGGAAAUGAGCUGUCCAAUUUAACCAAUGCUUUACCUCAGGGUGCAAAUGCUAACCAAGAUUCAUCGAACAGGCAUCAUCGGACAGUGUUCACUCGAGCCAUUGAGGCAUGCAAUCUGCACUGGCAGGACAGCCACUUACAGCACAUUAUCAGCGGUGACCUAUACAUCAACUGCUGUUACCAUGACAACAAUGAAAACUCACUCUUUGACUCUCAGGGGUGGCCCCUCUGGCAUGAACAUGUUCCUACAGCCUGUGCGAGGGUGGAUGCAUUACGAUCUCAUGGAUACCCACAAGAAGCACUGAGGCUAGCAAUAGCUAUCGUUAAUACACUAAGAAGACAGCAGCAGAAACAGCUGGAAAUGUUCCAGGCUCAGAAGAAAGAACUUCUCCACAAAGGAGUAACCUCAGUAACGAAUCUUGAAGGUUGGGUGGGACACCCUUUGGAUCCCAUUAGUACCCUUUUCAGUAGCCUGAUGGAAGCCUGCAGGGUGGAUGAUGAGAGCUUCCAUGGAUUCUCAGACUUCAUGGAGAAUGUGGGGCAAUGCAAAUCUCUGGAGUACCAGCACCUGCCUGCACACAAAUUCUUAGAAGAAGGGGAAUCUUAUUUAACGCUGGCUGUGGAAGUAGUAUUAAUAGGGCUGGGACAGCAACGAAUAAUGCCAGAUGGCUUGUAUGCACAAGAGAAGGUUUGUCGAAAUGAGGAGCAACUCAUUUCUAAGCUACAGGAAAUUGAAUUGGAUGAUACUCUGGUGAAGAUUUUUCGAAAACAAGCAGCCUUCCUAUUAGAAGCUGGACCAUAUAGUGGUUUAGGUGAAGUCAUCCAUCGAGAGAGUGUUCCGAUGCACACAUUUGCCAAGUAUCUUUUCACCUCUCUCCUACAUCAUGAUGCUGAAUUGGCAUACAAAACUGCACUGAGAGCCAUGCGUUUGCUAGUACUGGAAUCUACAGCUCCUUCGGGAGACAUGUCCCACCCACACCACAUUGCAUCAAUUGUUCCAAACCGGUAUCCCCACUGGUUCACCCUAAGUCACAUCGAAUCCCAGCAGUGUGAGCUGGCAUCGACCAUGCUAACAGCAGCCAAAGGUGAUGUUCGGAGGCUGGAAACAGUGUUAGAAUCCAUACAGAAAAAUAUCCACUCCUCAUCACACAUCUUCAAACUUGCCCAGGAUGCAUUUAAAAUAGCAACACUCAUGGACAGCUUGCCAGAUAUCACUCUUCUGAAAGUUUCUCUGGAGUUGGGCCUUCAGGUGAUGCGGAUGACACUGUCAACACUGAAUUGGCGACGGCGGGAAAUGGUGAGGUGGUUAGUAACAUGUGCAACAGAAAUAGGUGUUUAUGCACUGGAUAGUAUCAUGCAAAACUGGUUUACACUUUUCACUCCAACAGAAGCUACUAGUAUUGUUGCUACCACAGUGAUGUCCAACAGCACCAUUAUCCAUUUGCAUCUGGACUGCCAUCAGCAGGAGAAGCUGGCCAGCAGCGCUAGGACGCUUGCUCUACAGUGUGCUAUGAAGGAUCCUCAAAACUGUGCCCUAUCUGCACUGACCUUAUGUGAAAAGGAUCACAUAGCUUUUGAGACCGCUUACCAAAUUGUUCUAGAUGCUGCUACAACUAGCAUGAGUUACUCGCAGCUUUUUACUAUAGCAAGAUACAUGGAGCACCGUGGUUACCCCAUGCGGGCAUACAAGCUGGCCACUUUGGCCAUAACGCAUCUCAACCUGAGCUACAAUCAGGACACACACCCUGCCAUUAAUGAUGUUCUGUGGGCAUGUGCACUCAGCCACUCCCUUGGGAAAAAUGAACUGGCAGCUAUAAUACCUCUGAUGGUCAAAAGUGUCAAAUGUGCAACAGUACUGUCAGAUAUUUUGCGUAGGUGUACUUUGACCACUCCUGGCAUGGUGGGACUUCAUGGAAGGAGGAACUCUGGUAAGAUCAUGUCAUUGGACAAAGCCCCUUUAAGACAACUCCUGGAUGCCACAAUUGGAGCCUACAUUAAUACAACACAUUCACGUCUCACUCACAUCAGCCCGCGACACUAUAGUGAGUUUAUAGAGUUCCUCAGCAAGGCCCGAGAGACCUUCUUAAUGGCUCAUGAUGGACACAUCCAGUUUGCACAGUUUAUUGACAACCUAAAACAAAUCUACAAAGGCAAAAAGAAACUGAUGAUGUUGGUUCGUGAGAGGUUUGGUUGAUGAAAAUAUGGAGGGGGGAUUUGUUUUUACUUGAGCUUUGAGCCUGCCUUUGUAUCCUUUUGAACUUAAAGGAACAGAGCCACACUGGUAUUAUAUGUCUAUCAUUAUACUGAGUUUGCAAACUGAACUGUCAUGUUGUAAAAGUGUGUUUAUUUUUUUCCCUUUUUUCUGUUUUGUGUGAGAGAGAGGUUAAAAAAGGUUUGGUUUACACUGAGUAUAUGUUGUCAAGUGGCAAAAGCCCACAUCGCUCUCCUUUUUCUAUGUGUUCAGAGCCUCAAAAAAAAACAUAUAUUGCAAUGGCUUUAAAAACCAAACCAAACACCUCCAUCUUGUGAUAAGUACCUCAAAUGGAUUCAGCUUUACUCCCUUGUAACUCAUCCUUACAUUUCAGCAUAUUUAAACAAACCAACAAAUGAAAUACAGUUAAGAGGCUGACCACAUGGCUUUGCAGUUCUGUUCAUCCAGAAGCAUGGCACACAAUGCUUGUGCAUGUGGAAACUUAGCGACUGUCAACAUACAUUCUCAGGGAUUUAUAAAAAAAAAAAUUAAAAAUAAUGAGAGCAUUUAUUGUAGUGUAUAUAUGUUCUAGUAUAUGUCUGAAUAUUGAAAAAAUAUAACAUUAAUUUAUAAAACCAAGAAAACCUAUGUAAUACAAAAUACUUGAACCUGCAGUACCUUGGUUUUAAACAAAAACGAAAACCUAUCUGAAGGUCUAAAGUGCGCCUUGCUUCUCAGGUGGUGAACUAUAUGCUGGGCAUCUAUGCAGAGCCACCUUUUGGUUUGCAUGGUUGGACUGGUGCCUAUUGGGGGAAAUUUUAUAUAAAUAUAUAUGUAUACACAAAUUCUUGCUACAGUCACUGUACUAAAGAGGGAUAACAAAAAGUACACAGCCAGAGCAGCAAUCCUUAGCUGCUACAGUAUGCUAGAACCAGGUUUUGUGCCACCUAGCCUAGGAAACUUAGAGAAAUAUCCUUUUUGACACAAAAUGCAAAAUGAUCGACACGAUACAUUAUGCCUUUGCAGUGAGCUAAUAAUAAGCUAACCUUUGUGCACAAAUAUAUAUAUAUUCUGCAUAGGUAUUUUGACUUUGUGCAGGACAAAGUUGUGUAGUUAUAACUGUUCUACUUUUCCGUUUGUCUUUUUUAAUAUAUUUUAUUUUCUCUAGAAUUGCUCAAACAAAAGCAGCCUUCUAUCUUGCCUUUUCUUAAUGCUUUAAAAUAACCAAACUGGAGAUCUAACUACCAAACCAUUCAUUAUAUUAUUAAAUAACAACUUUGGUUACAGUAUAGUGUCUUUACUUUAGCUGUUGGUUCUGUAUCCUUGUAUUAUUUUUUAAGCAGUUUUUAUGUUUUGAUGCAAAAGUUGUCUAGUGUCUCUUGUUCCUUUCAUCAGAGAACAUGCUAGGGGUAUGUUUGCAGGUAUUUUUUUUUGAAAAAACUAUUUCAUGCUCUCCAUUUUAUUUAUUAUUAUAGGUAAAAAGGUUGUACUUCAUCACCCAUGUAAACAUGCUCAUGAAGUUGAAAGUAAUUAAGAUUUGAUACACUGAUAUUAAUUUAUUUAACUAAAUCACUGUUUUAUAUACUUGUUAAUGAUCAACAAUUUCUUGUUUUGAUUAAAAUUAGUUUUUUGAACGUCGA